AUGGAUGAAGAAGACGAUCGAGAAUUUAGCAGAUCGAUAGUGUUCGGUUUCCUCGAACAGGCCGAACAAACCUUUAUCAAGAUGGAAACAGCCCUUAAAGAAGAGGACCUCCCAGAACUUGCCAGUCUAGGCCACUUCCUGAAAGGGUCAUCCGCCACAUUGGGCUUCACCUUGGUCAAAGAUGAGUGCGAGAAAAUUCAACAUUAUGGCCACCAAAAGAACGAAACCGGCGAGCUCGAUGAGCCAGAUAAAGACAUAUGCCUGCAACUCAGCAAAGAAAGCAUUACCAAGGCCAAGGCCGCAUAUCUGGCAAUCGAGGCCCUGAUGAAGAAAUAUUAUGCCGACUGA